CGGUUCGGUUAUAGAUGGACCGUGAACGUUGCGAAGAAUUCGUUAGGGAACGGCGUGAGAAGGAAUAUUUUGAUCUCUUCUUAUGCUUCAGUUCCUAGCUUUUUAUUAGUGGACGAGCUAUCUGUAAGAAAAUAGAAAAAGACCCAGGAAUCAAAUCCCAAUGCUAGAGAAUUUGGAGGGACUCCUGUUAAUACAUCAACGACGCUUCCAUAGUAACCCUGGCAACGCCUAAAAGAGUAGGUGAAUACAACCGAAGUGCUUGAACGCAUAUCAUAGCAACCGGUCCUAGGUGGCGUCCGUGUUUAUUAUGUAGGACUUCAAAUUUUUGAGAACUUUUUCUUUAAACUGGAGUUAGGGUUUGAAAUCAGUACAGAAAUCCCUCCAAAAAUGGGAGAACUCGUGGAAUACAGUCCAAAAGAGGAUGUCCAAUCAGGAGAUAACAUUCAUCAUCGUUGCCAUCCUUUGCACAUAACCUGGUUGUCUGGGUUCAAUCCACGCGUGUCCUUGCUUAACGUCAGCACAACCCGUGAACGGAAGGAGCUUGUGUUGGCCUCAGGAAACACACUCCUGUUCUACUGCUACGAUGGAGAGCGUGAAAAGAUAAUGCCGGUGGUUGGACACAAAAAUGUCGUCAACAUGAUCGGGUGUGACGAAACAGGACGAUUCGUGGUAAGCUCCGACUGUUCCUACUGCAUCAACGUGUGGGAUCGACAGGUUGGGGGAGACAACCAUCAUCCUCCGAUCGCAAUUAGGACCAUCUUUGAGCCGUUCAAGGCGAACGGUGAAAUUGGUGCGGUGUCGUUGAGCCGAGACGGGAAGUAUCUUCUGGCAGGUGGAGGGAUACCUUCCGAGCAGGGAAGUCAACUGAAGCUGUGGUCUUGGACGGUUGGAAACGAUUUCCCGGAUGGUUGCAUCACACUUCCAUCACGGCUAGGACGCAUUAAAACGAUUCAUUUCUGUCCGGAUCGUGGUCGUCGCAAUCAGUUUGUGGUGACGCUUGAAAGUGGCGUCGUGUUUGGUGCGUGGGACAGCAAGGAGCAGAAACUAUCCAUUCAGGUCCCGAAAAGGCAUGGUUUCCAAGACUACAACGAUACCGUGUUUGUGGAGCAUACGGAUCGAGCCGUAUCAGUAACGGAUGCAGGCAUGGCUGUCCUCUGGAGCAACGACCGCAAGUUUUCUGACGGAACUGAUGGAACCGUACUGCGAAAGGAGUUUCUCAAGUAUCUUCACCUGAAGUACGCCUCGAUAAAUGUGGUCCGUUCGUGUGAUGAGAAAAUCGUUACCGGAGAUGAUGACGGGGAGAUACGGUUCUACGACAACUCGAUGAAGAUUCUGUACUGGUUCAAGCAAGAGGAUCUGGAACCGAUCCGGACUCUCUCGUUCGAGCUGGUAGAAUCACGCCAAUGGAAGUCUGUGACCGAACCGAACGAUGCCGAUGAUCAACCACCAAAAGAGGAAUCUUCCGAGAAAAAGGUAGAACUUAACAUAGAGGACAUCGCUCCGAAGGAUGUUUCGUUUGAGGCACGACCGGUGAUUGUGCGCGGCUUCGUAUCAGCCACCAAGUCCGGCAAGAUCUACGACAUCGACAUCGUGUACAACAAAAUCCAGGAACUAUUUCUGCAGUCCCCGAGCAUCAUUACCGCUUUUGAUGUGCAUGCGGCAAGAUCAGAGCUGUGCACCUGUGAUGGAAAUGGUCGAUUUGUUGUGUACGAUCUGCAGACGAAAUCGAUGAGAUUGGCUCUCGAUGUUCCGAUUCAGCGAACUCGGCGAGGACGUAUCACCACGCUAGCCUAUUCACCAUGCGGAACCUUUUUGGCCGGUGGUGCCGAAAAUGGAUUUCUUUGGAUGGUGGAACCCAACUUGUUGAUCCUUGCCGGUAGCAGUCCUUUGCAGUUUACCAGCGAAAAGAUCCGGUUGGUUUCGUUUUCGGAGGACAGCAAGCAUCUCGUUUGUGUGGACGAAAGCAAUACCAUCACUCUUGUUGCUCGUGUCAAGGACGAUUGGCAGUCGGUUGGACGAUGCGUCAGCCAUAGAUUAGUGGAUCUAGCAUUUCUUGGUGCAACUGACUUUGUCUCCAUCGGCGAGGAUCGAUACAUGGUGCAGUACACGAUCAAUUCGGAUGAGAUGGUACAGCUGGAGGCCCUGUCGAUUGUGAGACGAAAACGAAUUGAACAGUCCGCAUUUCCAACAGCAUUUCUAGUCUUACCAGGGGGAAAUCAGAUUCUCGUUGCAAAUGAUCAGCUCAAGUUCAAGAUAUUCCAUGCCAGAACCUUGGAGAUACUGCAUACGUUCUUAGCUCCUUUCCAUGAUGGUCCAGCACGGUAUCUACGGCAACUUCCCGGGGAAGAUUACUUCCUGUUCAUCACCAACAGCAAUAUCUAUCUACACCAUCUUCCUAUCGAUGGAAACCCGUUCAAAUAUCUCGCAGUGCGAGGACAUCCGAAGCGUUUGAAAGGAUUGCAAGUGGCCUGGACAGUACGGAGUGCCUUCACGUUUGGCGAGGGCGAUCAUGCAGUAAGCAUGUGGAAGAUUAAUACAAGUCCUUUGAUGGACAAUAUAAGGCAUGCUGGUGCGGGACUAGAUCCUUUUUGUACUCUUCUUCCCGGUGGCAAGAGAGGUUGUUAUGUCCGUGAGAUCUUAAGCCUGUUCUUCUACAAUCAAAUAUCUCCCAAGAAUAGUGACGGAGAUGCUGAACUCACGCUCCGUGAUGCGAUGAAUGUUCAAGAUGUACCGAACUACAUGCGUAGCAUUGGAUUCCACAUGACCGAGUAUGAGGAACAAAACCUCUGCAAAGAGAUGGAACUCACCGGGACAUACUUCCUAACGUUCGAGGAGGUGAUGAAGCUUUUCCUGAACCAUCGUACCGCGGCCGGAGGACCACCGAACACGGAGGACAUUCGGACAGCCGUCACGUAUAUCGGGGCUACUACAUCAUCCGGUGAAAAGGUAGAUUUGGUGAGGCUCAUUACGCUGCUAGCGAGUAUGGGUGAACCGAUGGACCCGAAAACAACGGAAGCCUACUGUAGAAUCCUCUUCCCGUCCGCUUUCGAAUCAAACGAGCAGGAUGAAGAUCCGGAACCGGAGUGUGGAACUGCUGAAGACUGCACUAACUGCAUCAGUAUCGAGGAGUUCGCCGAUAAGCUUUGCUGAAUGCCUCCUGUUUGGAUGUAACUUUGCUCGAUGUGAGUGUUUCACGUUUCAUUUCGUUUUGUAUCAGUUUUAUUAUCCUUUAUUCGGUUACAGGUGUGAAAAAUUAAUACAGUAUACAUUUGUCAUUUUCUUCUUUGCUCGCUCGCUCGCUCACUCGCUUACCAUAACCUCUACAGUAUAACAAUAAGGAAAGCCCUAAACUCUAUCUCUUCGCACGUUCUAGCAGCUCCUAGGAAGAAAGAUUAAUCUUGAGUAUCGGGAGAAGUUAGGUAAGGAUUACGAUCUUUUGGACGAUCGAUGGAUCAUCUUGCAAAUAUUGGAUCUCAUCGGCUAUAAAAAAGGAAGAACUAGUGGCACUUGAGCGAUUGGUGAUGAUAUCAUCUGGCAACCGGAGAUCAUCAAACGUUGCUGCACUGUCUGUGAACGGAUGAUGAUGCUUUGGAAUGACACUUGGCAAACACUUGGAUCUUGCCUACAGCCCUCCGAGCGUCCCAUUAUGGAUGCGAAGUUGUGCGAAGUUAUUUUGGAGUUAGAGGGCUCUAUAUCAUGAUUAUUAGUUGCCAUCUUUCUACCUAUACGUUUCUCCAUCCUUAAAGCUCUAUAUCUAGCUCCUACCUUACCUACCAUGAAUAUGUUGGUUAUGUUGCGCUGGUGUCUCUCAGGUACGCACGAGGAACCCCAUUGUUACCCGGACCGCUCCGAACGUGGGCUUACGCCAGCCAUGUCUCCGGAUCGAUCCGGGGAAGAAAAAAAGGGAUCGUCGUUUCGCACAAAACCGGCCGAUUUAGCUUACUUAGUAAAAUCACAAAUAUUCCUUUCAUUUUCACAUGCUUUCCAUUUCAUUGUUUUCACUGAUCUUUACUGCUUUGUGGG